GAUAAGUAUCUUAAGCUUGAUGAUGAGAAAGAUCUUAGAAUCAAACUAAGAAAAAUUCAGUUGACUGGAAAGUUAAUACGUGAAAAAGAAUGUAAAUUGGCUAAACAAAUUGGUCUUGACCCCCAAGAUUGCAAUACACCUGAUUUUUCUGUUAGUUGA